AUGGAAAACGAAGCAGCAUGUCGAGGGGACCCGAUGGAUUGGAGAGGCGAUCGGCAGUCUGUCGAGGAGCUCAACCAGAUCCUUACGACGCACCUUGGACAAGUGAGGGAUAUCAUCAAAAAGGAAUGCCAAACUAUCAUUGGUACACUCGAGUGUGCAGCUAUUCCGGAGCAGAGAAGUUCAACCGGCUUCCCUGGAGGAUCCCUUACGCGCAAAUUAUCUAGUAGGGAUGGACCUGGGCCUGCGGCCGCUCCUGCAACCGACCAAGCACCUCUUCCAGGCGCUAGUCUAGAGAGGGAGGUAGACGACUUAAAAGUGCGCUUGGCUACGAAGGAGUCAGAACUUGAUCAGGCGCGGUCGCAGGUGAAAGAUGCUACUGACAAACAGGAAAACAUGAAGCGCCAACUCUUCCAAGAACAAUACAGAGCUAAGGAACUCCAAGACAAACUGGCCAACCUGCGCGGCAUUUUGACCAAAGCUCCAAGCGGCAUCAUCCUAGACGGCGACGUGCAAGCCAAGUUUAUGGAGGUCCGGAAUUUGGCUCACAUGGUUGUGAGGAAGCUGUAUAGCAGAGAGCGGAUUUCUUCUGCUGGGGACCGGAGUAACGAGUCCCGAAGCUUCUUCGAGCCAUUUGUUUCGAAGCGCAUUCCAUCUCAGUACUUCGAGAACCGCUUUAGGGGCAAGGUUUUCGACAUCCUAGAUGAGAAUUUACUCAGCCGGCCGCAAUUUGGUCUUGGGCAUAAGGACCACAAGCUCGAGCGGCGCUUGACUGAAAUCGAACAAGAUUGGAAGAAUCUACAAAUCGCAGUACGAUACCCAAGGGAGAUGGCCGAUUGGAGACUUGCUACUUUGAAGUGUGUUGAGCUGAUGCGGACCGAGCCGGACGCGCCAAAAGAAACGUUCGAGAGGAUCUGGGAUUUCAUGCUGCCCGCCCUCACGACAAAUCAUGAAGAUGAAGAGAGAGGUCGGGCUGCACUAGUUAAGCUUUGUGAAGAGGCUUACUCUCUGGCCAUCAUGACGCGCAAAUCCCGAGACACAUUUAUUAUGGAAAAGCCGCCCCAUCGGGCCUUACUGAGCGAGUGGACUGAUUGUGUGGAGGAAUUCGCCCACGAGUCAAUCAGACACGGCGAAUUUACAGGAAAGAUACAGUUCUGCCUGUUCGGCGGCUUGUCUAAAAUACCCGAGGAACACCCAGGAGCAAAGAUUGUCUUAGAGAAGGCACAGGUUGUGGUCAUUGGGACUUGA